AUCAUAAUUUUAACACUUAAUUAAUUUUUAUUAUAAAGGGCUAGAAGAGAGAGACCUAGUGGAAUGCAUCUAAAAAUAUCACAUGGGAGGUCUAGCCAUCUUUAGAGCAAGCGCUUAUCAGUGUCAGUGCUCAAUGGUUUGACGUAUGACGUAUACCGUAAUGUCAUAGCCGAUGUAUCACUCGUUGCAAUAGACAAAAAUAUCCUUUAGGAAACUAAUUAUUGUACCAUCAUCAUGCCUGCGUAUCAUUCGAGCUUCACGAAAAGCGAUGGCACAAUCGGAAAUAUGGCACUGUUACCAAUCAAGACCACGUUCAGAGGUCCUGCACCUCCCUUUAACAACAAAGAACAGGAUAUAAUUGAUGAGGCAUUAUAUUUCUUUAAAGCAAAUGUAUUUUUUAGGACAUACGAAAUUAAGUGCGAGGCUGAUAGAGUUUUAAUCUAUAUUACUCUAUUUAUCACUGAAUGCUUGAAGAAAUUGCAAAAAUGUGCGACGCAACCACAAGCUAUGAAUGAAAUGUUUUCUCUUGCUAUUUCCAAAUUUGAUAUCCCUGGCGAUGCUGGUUUUCCCUUGAAUUCUGUAUAUGCCAAACCAAGCAGUCCUGCUGAAGCUGAUCUUAUGAGGCAAUAUCUUUAUCAAAUCAGACAAGAAACAGCUGUUAGGCUUGUUGAAAAGGUAUAUGGCGAGGAUGGAAAACCAAGUAAAUGGUGGCUCUGUUUUGCAAAAAAGAAGUUCAUGGAUAAAUCACUAUCUGGACCUGGGCAAUGAAUUAUUUCUUUGAAAAGUGCGCGCGUAUAAUCAAUAAAUCUAUUUAAAAAAACUUCA